AUGGCACCCCUCAAACUGAAUAACGCGAACUUGCCACAGAUCGCCACCGCUGGCGAGGCCGCGGUCAAGGUCCCCACCUACAAGCGCGGUGCCGCCGUCAAGGAGGGAAUCGUCCACAUUGGUGUGGGUGGCUUCCACCGCGCCCAUUUGGCCGUUUAUGUCGACCAGUUGAUGCAAAAGCACGGCAUCACCGACUGGGCCAUCUGCGGCGUCGGUCUGCAACCUUUCGAUGCCGGCAUGCGCGAUGUCCUGUCUUCUCAGGAUCACCUGUAUACCGUCAUUGAGCGGUCUGCCAAGGGAAGCUUCGCCAACGUUGUAGGUAGUAUCAAUUCCUAUCUCUUCGCCCCUGACGACCGUGAGGCCGUCAUCGCCAAGAUGGCUCACCCCGACACCCACAUUGUCUCCCUCACUAUCACCGAGAGCGGUUACUAUUACAACGAGAACACCCACGAGUUGCAGAGCGAGCAUCCGGAUAUCCAAUUUGAUCUCGACCCGGCCAACGAAAAGGCCCCCCGCACCACGUUUGGCUUCCUUUAUGCUGCUAUGGUUCGCCGCCGAAAGCAGGGCCUGAAGCCCUUCACCGUUAUGUCUUGCGAUAACAUGCAGAAGAACGGUGCUAUCACCCGUCAUAUGCUCGAGUCAUUCGCCCGUCUGCGUGAUCCCGAAGUCGCCAAGUGGAUUGCCGAGAAAGCCCACUUCCCUAACGCUAUGGUCGACCGCAUCACCCCUCAGACCUCCGCCGCGGACAAAGCUUCGCUUGCUGAGAACUUUGGUAUCGAAGAUGCGUGGCCCGUCGUGACCGAGCCCUUCAUGCAGUGGGUGAUCGAGGAUCACUUUUCUGACGGCCGCCCGCCUUUCGAUCAGGUCGGUGUUCAGCUCGUGACAAAUGUGCACGACGUCGAGCAGUUCGAGAAGCACAAGCUACGCCUUCUCAAUGGCAGUCACUCCGCUAUCGGUUAUCCUGGUCAGCUGGCCGGCUUCAAAUAUGUUCAUGAGGUCAUGGAGCACCCCUUGUUGCGCAAGCUAGUAUGGCAAAUGAUGCAGGAAGAAGUCAAGCCCCUCCUGCCUCACAUUCCAGGCGUUGAUAUCGACCAAUAUUGCAAUACCCUCGUUGAGCGCUUCUCUAACCCGACAAUCAUGGACCAAUUGCCUCGUGUCUGCCUGAACGCGUCUGGCAAGAUCCCUCAGUUCAUCAUGCCUUCGAUUGCCGAGGCGAUCUGGAUUGUCGGUCCCUUCCGCCGUCUGUGCUUCGUCGCGGCUGCCUGGUUCCAUUACCUCAAGGGUGUCGACGACAGCGGCAAGCCCUUCGAGGUGGAAGAUCCGAUGCGUGAGGAGCUACAGGCGAAGGCCCGCGCUGGGGGCACCAACCCAGCCGAGCUGCUUAGCAUCAAGAAUCUCUUCGGUGACGACUUGCGCAAUGACAAGCGAUUCAUCGAGCAGGUUACCACGGCCAUGGAGGAGAUUGCUCAGGAUGGCAUCCUGAAGACACUUCCCAAGUACGUGGACUAA